CAUCAAUCGCUGCCAUCGUGGAGCAGAAACACGGCCAGACGAUUACCAGCGGCAAGAAGAUGGCCAGUACAGGUGACAUUUGGUUGCAGUGGUUUUCCUGUUGUUUCCAUCAACCCCAAAGCCCUCGCCGCCGGAGACACCACCAACGGUUGAGGAUCGAUCGAUCGAUGAUCGGUAAUCCGACCAACUUCGUUCACACCGGUCACAUUGGCUCGAAUGAUGUUGAGCUAACCACGAACCACCUUUCCGCCUUACAGAAUCAGAUGCAAAGUAAAGGUGGAUACGAGAUGAAUUCGCUAAGGUUACAGACUUGCUGAUAUUAACCAGCCAAACGAGUAUAAGUCAGUAUAAGUCAUCAUCGCACA